AUGGACGCUGGUAUGUCGCAGUUGCACAUGGCAAUGUAUCCAUGGUUUGCGAUUGGACACAUAACCGCAUACCUCCACCUAGCCAACAAAUUAGCAGAAAGAGGACACAAAAUUUCCUUCAUUUUACCCAAACGAACAAAGGCAAGGGUGGAACAUAUCAACCUCCAUCCACAGUUAAUAAGCUUCAUCCCCAUCACCAUUCCCCCAGUUGAUGGCCUUCCUCCUCAUGCAGAAACUAUUUUCGAUGCUUCCAUCUCCUUAGGCACGUUUAUUAUGACUGCAAUGGAUCGCACGGAGAAGGACAUUGAGCUAAUUUUACUUGAGCUGAAACCCAACAUCGUUUUCUUUGAUUAUACAUGUUGGAUGCCAAACUUGACUCGGAGCUUAGGCAUCAAGUCUGUUCAUUACAUAACCCUAAGCAUGAUAUUUGAAUCUUAUAUGGAAUGCAUGGAGAAGCAGUUUCGGGAAAAUAAUUCAGUUGGAAAUGAGCUGAAUCUGGAGAAUCCCCCAGCUGGUUUCCCAGAUCCUUCCAUCAAGCUUCAGGCUCACGAGGUUCGACAAUUAACUUCAAUCGUGAAUUCAGAGUUUGGCAGUGGUGUUCGCUACUAUGAUCGCAUCAGCACCAGCACCAGAUUGUCAGAUGCAGUGGCAUUUAGAAGUUGUAGAGAAAUUGAGGAACCAUAUGCGGACUUUCUUGAAAGUUCUUAUGGGAAGCCUUUGUGGCUUUCAGGGCCUGUCCUACCUGAGGCACACGCAUUCACUUUGGAAGAAAAAUGGGCUGAAUGGCUUUCAGGAUUCAAGGAUGGAUCGGUGGUGUACUGUGCAUUUGGAAGUGAAUGCAGGCUACAUCAAGAUCAGCUCAAGGAACUGUUGCUGGGUCUUGAGUUAACAGGUUUUCCAUUUCUUGCAGCCCUUAAAGCCCCUGUUGGAUUUGAGUCCGUUGAAGCAGCUAUGCCAAAAGGGUUCCAUGAGAGGGUUCGAGGAAGAGGCAUUGUCCAUGGGGGUUGGGUUCAGCAGACACUCAUUCUUGACCACCCUUCUGUCGGGUGCUUCAUUACCCAUUGUGGAGCUGCAUCUUUACUAGAGGCACUUGUGAGCAGGUGUCAGAUUGUGGUGUUACCAAAUUUUAUUGACCAGCUCCUUAAUGCGAGGAUGAUAAGCAGGAGCAUAAAGGCAGGUGUUCAAGUGGAGAAAGGUGAAGAAGAUGGUUUGUUCACAAAGGAGAGUGUCUGCAGAGCUGUUAAGACUGUGAUGGAUUUUGAGAGUGAAGUCGGAAAGGAGGUCAGAGAAAACCAUUUAAAAUUGAGAAACCUCUUACUCACCAAGGAUUUGGAGAAGUCUUACAUUGAUAGUUUUUGUCAUAAGCUGCAAGAAUUAGUUGGGUAA